GAAUCAAGGAGUUCGACUAGUCUUUGUCUGAAGGGUAUAUCUGUUUGAACUGAACCCAAAAAUCAUCAUGUCACAAGCAACAGUCAUCGUUACGAUAAUUGUUUUCUGCGUUGUUGAUGCCCGAUACAGAAGGCAAAUCGAAAGCGGUGAAAGUUAUAGUGACAUGGUAAUUCAUGGAUGGGAUCCUACUAUUCGAGAUCGGUUUGAAAGCUGCCAUUCAAUGGCAUCUUUUGCUCCAACAGAACAAUAUUGCGAGGCUUUCACAACGUGCUGCUCCAUGCAGUUCGAUCCGAACAAUGGCGACAAAUGUCAGACCAACGAGCAGCGAUGUAUUCCACUCCAACAAGGUGGCGCCGACGCUGUCUGCAUCCAUCUGUUAAAGGUUUUACGGUAUUCUUGGUUGCGACCUUGUUGCCAUGGUGGUCAUUGCAGUAGUACAGAUUCGACAACAUGUCCGACAUAUACAACGUUGUUGUGUGAGCCGUAA